GCUAUAACAACAUAUAUGGGUUUGACAUCUGAAGAGACUUUGCAUAAACAAAGUUUUGUUCAAAGGUCACAGAUUAUGACACGUCCCUUGGCUAGUUAUACAGUUACAAAGGCGGAAACUGAACAUAACACUAUUUUAUCCACUGAAGCCUGAAGUGAUUAUUCAGUACAGAUCUCUAUUUAGUGACUAUUAUUGAGUAGCAGUGGUGGAGCUCCGGAUCUCUCCUGAUGGAUUUACACACUGUGUGUUGCAGUCUGCUUCUGCUACUGACAUGUUCAGGUCGAGGCUUUGGCCAACUGUUGGAAUUACCUGAGAGUAUAAAUAGAACAGUUGGGGAGAAUAUAGAGUUUACCCCAAAACAUCUUCCUGAUCCUCCUUACAUCACAGUCAUAUGGAGCGUUAAUGCAACGACCAUUCUUUCUGGACCACCGAAUGGAGUUAAUAUACUGCCACCGUACAAAGACAGACUCAGUUUUAACACCACAUCUUUAGCUCUGGAGCUCAGCAGCCUGACUGAGAGUGAUACUGGUCAAUAUGAACUGAGUGUAGUCACAGGAAAAACUUACACUGCUCACACCUCACUGCUGGUGCUUGUUCCAGUCUCCAACGUUACCAUAGUGCCAAGUCAAACAGAGCUGGUUGAAUUCAGCACUGUGAGUUUUGUCUGUUCUGCGUCCGGCUCCUCUCUUUCAUUUAUUUGGCUGAAUGGCAGCUCUGAGAUAACAGCAGGGGAGCGAGUUCAGCUAAUAGACAACAAAAGCAAACUGACCAUUACCAGUGCGAUAAGAGGUGACACAGGAACGUACGAGUGUGAAGCAUACAACAGUAUCAACAUUAAAAAGAGUCAAUCAAUCCUCAUUGUUUACUAUGGUCCUGAAAAUGUUGCUGCAGCAGCAGAUCCAGAGGAACCCUUCUACAGUUCUGGGUCUAACCUCAAAUUAAACUGCUCAGCUGAGUCCAGGCCUGCUGCUGAGUUUCAGUGGGCUGUGAAUGGAACAGAGCUUGGUGAAAAGGGCCAAGAGCUCAAACUGAACAACAUUCAGAUCAGUCACAGUGGCAAUUACACCUGCAUAGCCCAUAACACACAGACCCUGCAGUACUCUGUGUCUCCACCUGUCAGUGUCACUAUACUAGAUAGUGGGAGUGAAGGAGGAGAUGGAGAUUCACUGUCUGCAGGAGCUAUAGCUGGGAUUGUUAUUGGAGUUUUAUUAGUUGUUGCUGCAAAUGCUGGUUUGAUUUUCUAUUUUGUGAAAGUAAAAGAAAUGCCAAGAACAAACUCCAGAGGAAAUAACCAGAGUGGAGCAACACAUAAUGCAGGUGGACAUGAUUCAAACUAUGAAAAUAUCCUCAGAUUUCAUAAUCCAAACACCGGGGUGAUUGUGGGUGGAUCUGACACUCAGACGCCUCACACACCUCACCCUGUUACAGAUACAUACUAUGAAAAUAUGGUAUCCCAUAAUAAAAACCCUGUGAUGUGUCACACACCUCACCCUGAUGAGGGAGUAAUAUAUGAAAACCCCUGACAUGCAGAAAUCAUGCACUUUUUACUGUAGAUAAUGAGAUGACGCACCGGAUCGAGCAUGUUACCAUUCAACACAGAGGCAGACAGACAGCCCUGAGGAUUAAAGAGGACAAAUGUCACCAGCUGUGGGAAGAGGAAGUAAAGAGAGAAAAAACAUUUAUGAUUCAGAAUUAUUACAUAUCUUUAUAAAUAAUUGUAGCAUGAGUAGAAGUCUGUACAUAUGAUACAUCUGAUAGAUGAAAAUGUAUAAAAACAUGUAUGUGUAGUAAUUUUAUAAGAAAAUAUAUUGCAUUACUUCUUUAUUCAUUCUAAUGUACUUAAGAUUAGUGAAUUUAACUUUUCACCCUAAGUUUAGUCUUAUUCUACUGUUUUUCCUUUAUACUUCAUUUCCCGCAAUCCUCUGUAGACUGCAUCACCGUUUUUCAGUGCACUUCAUUACCCCAGUUCUCAGCCUCAGUCUAUAAAUAGACCUCAUUUACUUUCUUUGUUCUUUUGUAUUGGUGCGUUGUGGGCCUGAAGAUGGGCACUCAACCAUGUGUGUUUGAAUCUUUUCCAUAAGAUGUGUUAUGUGAGUUUUCUAUUGUAUUGUUUACUUGAAUUUAAUGGGUUGUAUACUUGUCAUUAGUAGGUUUAUAGAUGUUAUGUUUGAUGUUGUACGACUUCCAUCUUUAUUAUUAUUUGUGAGCCUGAUCUCUUUGUUGUAUCGUUUGUAGUGACCAGAAAACCAUCUUUACCAUCCUGUGUAUCCUAAACAUUCUGCUUAUCCUGUGAAACCUGUGUACUGUGCAUCCAGUUUUAUGAAUACCCAGAAUAAAUGAGAGCAAAUGGAUUAAGUUGGACUGUGUUUUAACAAGACACACCACCAAGUUCUACCACCAGGUUCCUCUGAACUUUGGAUACUUUUAACAUCUGUUAUUCAACAGUUAUUUAUAGUGUUGUUUGCCUGGUCUUCACAUAGCUUGUGAUUAAGAAAUACCCUUGAAUAUUUUUUUUUACCCUGCCUUCCAUCUUGUUUUUUCCCAUCAUUUAAAGCAGAAAACUGUCACUAACUGUUUUAUAAUGACAAUUCUUGAUAUAUUCUGUAAAAUCAUUUAUUAGACAUAAUUUACCUGUUUGAAAUUCCCUGUUUUAUCCUGACACUGAUCACUGAAACACAGAACACUCAUUAG